AUGGAGAGCGUUGUCGCAGCUACAGAGCAUGACGGGGGCUCUCGCAGAGAGCGGCCGUGGCUGUAUGCAUCGAAUCGCAAGCUACGACAUCUGAAUGGCAUAUCUGUCCGAAACUUGGUUGUUACACCCCCAACAAAUCGAGCGCGCGGCAAGACCAUUGAUGACGACGAUAUCCCCAACGCCCUUCAAUCGCCCUCCAAGAUCCUAGCGCAGAAUGAAAGCCGCCCUCUACAUCCUUCACGAUCCUUCACCGAGCUCAAUUCACGCCAAAAUGCACAAAGCCAUGCGGAAACGAAAUUUGACAAACGCGAACCGCGACGACGAAGUCUGCUUCCUUGGAAUGAUCCCAAUCCUCGAACGAGACAGGUGAGCUUGGAAGAUAUCACGAAGAGCCGCAUGGCAGAUACAUGGGUGUCCAUGCACUGUGACGGUGUUGAUGAGCCGGUUUAUAUCAGCGAGGUGGUUAACAAGGCUACCAACCCAAGCUUUCGUUCUUUUGACCUGAACUUCUGUGGGCCUGGCGUCUCUAGGAGGGACACAUUGACCCUGAAGCUCUGGGCGAAGACGGACAAAAUGGCGGAGUAUUUACUAUUGGUUGAACUGCAGCUUCACCUCCGGUCUCUACAAUUUCUGGGCAAGACAAUCGAAAGCUUCCACCACCCACUACCCGCCAACUCCAUCUUGUUCCACUUUACAGAUGGUGUAUACACCAAUUUAACAGAUCUUCCGUCGGUCGAACCGCCCCUUGGUGGCGCUGGUCAGCGGGCUACAGCCGAUGGAGCUGCGUUGCCCACUUCCUCGUACGACGCAUUGAUGCGGUUGGCAAACCUGGAUGAAUGUGUCCAAGAUGCGCUCGCGACUCGAGAAAAGCUAGAGGUACAGAUUGGCGAUAUUCUCAAGAAAAACGAUGAUGCACUUGCUACCCAGAGUGAUGCGGCUAAGGCGCAGGAUCGCCUCGCCUCGAUCAGGCAGGCCGUUGUAGCCGAGCGGAAGCAACUUCGGGCAUCCGCUAAGCGCAAGGCUGAUCUCAUUGCAAGCAUCAAGUCGCGAAAGGAGGCCAUGGAGCAGGGUCGAAUUGCCCAAGAAAAAGCUCGAAGUCAUCUCCCAGAUGCUCAGGAGAAACUGGUCUCCAGCGAACAUUUACUCCACCAGAACUCGGAAGACGCCAAGGGUCAGAUUCGGCGCAUUGCUGAGGAUCUAAUGGUGAUCUAUCCAAUAGAGCCCAUCCCGGAUAAAUCACUUGCCUUCACCAUUGCGGGACUACCGCUCCCCAACUCGGACUUUGAAGACAUCGAUCGCGAUAUUGUUGCAGCGGCACUGGGCUUCACCGCUCACGUAGUAUAUCUGCUCUCAUUCUACCUAUCCGUGGUUAUUCCUUAUCCUGUCAGCCCAAAUCAGUCAAUUUCCUUAAUUCAGGAUCACAUAUCGGCAGAUCUCCCGCAGCGCACAUUUCCCUUGUACCCGGUCAGCGUCCAUUACCGAUUUGAGUAUGGUGUUUUCCUCCUGAACAAGAAUAUUGAGUUUCUGCUUGACAAGUGUGGCGUUCGAGGUCUGGAUAUCCGGCAUACCCUUCCCAACAUCAAAUAUCUUCUCUAUAUCUUGACCGCGGGUACACCGGAGAUCCCUGCCCGUAAAGCAGGCGGGAUUCGAGGCCUCUUCGGUGCAAAGAUGACUCCUAAUCUAUCUCGGCGAGGGAGUACUGAAAGUGCGGCAUCCGGUGAAUUGGUCCCGCCUCGGAAGGCAUGGGAUUUGGUUUCAAAGAUGAACGGAAGCCUUGCUUUGGAUCAUGGCGUCAAGCCUCCGGUGGCCACAAAUCACCCGUUGGCGUCGCGCGUUGCUUAG